AGCAGACGUUGCGACGUGUUCUGUCAAGUAAGUUUUUUCACGAGAACGCGGUGACUUGCUACGCUGCCUUCAGUUGUUUUGCAACAAGUGAAGCAUGGUGGAUUAUUCUGCAGUGCAACAUUCGUCUCAUUGCCAAUUGUUGCUGCAAUCAGACGUGUGGCUUAUUAAGAUAAGUGUGAAAUCCAGUGAUACGCUCGAGUGAUGCAAACGGCUGCAAAACAGGAUUAUGCCACCGAUAAGAAAGAUAACUGAUUGUGCCACUUGAUAACGAGCGCUAUCACCCCAGGCAUGCGACUAAAGGCAGCAGUGUCAUGCCCUUUGUCGUUCCGAUAGCCGUGCUGGAGGGGGGCGCGUCGAGGGCGAGUGGCAUUCUAUUUUAAGUGAUAAUAUUAAGUGUACAGGGACUGUUAAAUACGACGAUAGAUAGAUAAGAGUCCAUGAUGGAGAUACUGGAUACCAGUGCGCGUGUGAGAGCCGAACACUAACAGUGAGGAAUAUUUUUGAGAUGAGAAAAUGGAGAGUAAUUAUGACCCUUAUGUACGAGUCCUGCGCAGCGAUGGUGACGGAGAGGACGACCUGGUCCCCUGGUGUACAGACGGCGACCACGGCAGGUGCAAGGCCUACCUGGCGAAGGUGAUAAGCGUCGACGAGGAUGGCUCUUGCGACGAGCUGGGGGAGGACGACUCCGCGGAGGAGUUUCCCCCUCUCGUCAUCACAGAAAACGGGAUGUUCGACGCCGUCCCGGAGCGAGGCCAGACUAAUGCAUCUUUCACAAGCCUCUCUCGCGGGUUCCGUGGCUGCAGCUACGUCGGCGAGGCAAAUGAGGUGAUGUAUGGGGAGAAUGUAGAUGUUUCGAUGCCGCUAAUAUACAGUUCUAAGCGGGUGAAUAAUGAAAGUGAAAAUAAAGAGCAGGUUUAUGACACAGACGAAGGCGCGGCUGACCCAAGCAUAGAUGACGUAACCUUCGAAAACAGAGAAGAGGUCAGUCUGGUUGGGGAGGAGUCAGUCGACGACCCUAGCGAAGGUUCCGAGCCAAGGGCACCUUCACGGGAACUCGCCGAGGAUGCUAGCGAACCCAGCGGUGCCGGAGAUGACGUCACAGAUAACAGAGGGUAUAUGGGUCGGCCCAGAAAUAACCUCGUCACGCGGGAGUACCUCAAGAUCAGCGGGAUCCUGGGUUUUGCCGCAGAGCUGAUCAACACGACGCUGCCCAGCGACGAAGGCCUCCCUUCGCGUAAGAACGGCGACGACUCUGGCGGAACCUGGCCUGCUCUCGUGCCCGUGGGAGAAGGCCGCCUCCGGGACGCCCCCCGAGGUUCGAGCGCCGGAUGCCCCCGCGCUUGGCCGCGAGACCGAAAACAAUAAGAG